AUGCCAUCGACCCCUCAACAGCUACCCUAUUUAAUCGCUUUACUAACUAUAGUAUUUGUUUUUGUUCGAUUAGGUGAUGCUCAAUUUUUCGUGAAGAAAUUUACUGAGGAGCAAUGUAAGGCAACACCUUGUCUAAAUGGUGGUCGAUGUGUGCCCGGAAAGGCGAAUUGUCAAUGCGAGCGAGGAUGGAUGGGAAAAUGGUGUCAUCGAAAAUGCCGAGACGUCUACAAGAGUUGCGAUCGAUGGGCGGUUGAAGGGAAAUGUAACACCGUGUUGGCACAAACAAACUUCUUUGAGGUGAACUGUGCAAUUGCCUGUAAAUUGUGUACGCCGGAUGUGAGUCAGUCGCUUCCAGCAGUCCCACUUCCGCCAGCGCUUGAGCCUCUGCAGUUUAUGAUUGGAAAAUGGUAUUCACAGGCGGCUAAAGGACUACGAUUUCCCACCGAUUUCUAUGCAAACGAGUAUGAGGAGAUUUUGGAAAUUUGGCCAUCCGAGACACCAAUGUUCGGACCUCCAUCAUUGAAUUUAACUAGCCGUUGUUGGGUUGGUAAUGACACGAGAUUGAUGCACGGUUUUAUCACAUUAAAACCAAACACUUUUCCACCAGAGGCCGCUAUUUUAUCAACGAGUAAUGAAGGAUUAAACAUGAUUGAGUUGGGAAAGAUCAAGAAUCAAGUACUGACAUUGAAUGUUUCGUAUAUGCAAGUGCAUCCGACAAUGGACAGUAAUGUGCUCCCGUUAGGGGCAACGAGACGUUUCCGAAAAGUGGGUUCUCUCUUGGAGAUGACUGUCGCUAAAUUAUUCGCUUCGAAUCGAAUCUCGCAAUUUAAAAAAAUGUUCAAGAAAGUUAUGGAUUUUAAAUUU